GCAAACUUUCCUAGAGAGAGAAAGAGAGGAGUCGUCUUCGAUACGAAGGAGAUUUCUUUCUUUCCACUGCUGUAGAAGGAUUUCUCGAAAUUCGAAGAUCUUGUGAUUCGUUCGAUCUAAUCUUUCUACGGCGGUGAUAAGUUUUUUUAAUUCUUCAAAUUCAAAUCGCAAUGGCUCGCUCUUUCUCAAACGCUAAGGUUGUUCUCGAUGUGAUCUCUAAGGCUGUUGCGAGGAGAGGUUAUGCCACGGCCGCGGCUCCAUCCAGAGGAUCCGGUGCUGGUCCUAGAAACAGCGCACCUGCUAUGGUGAAGAAGGAAGGAGAGAAGGUUUCGUGGGGGCCAGACCCCGUCACCGGUUACUACAGACCAGAGAGUGGUGCUCAUGAGAUUGAUGUGGCGGAGCUCCGCGCUUUGCUCCUGAAGAAGCAUUGAAGAAGAUUUGAAAGAAGUCUGUUAACAAAAGGGAUGGCGCUCUCGUGCUGUUUGUUCAUCAGGGGGCCAUCGAUGUGCGUUUGAAAUUAAAAUUGCUGCAACGUCAAAGGACUGGUUUGGCAUUUUCCUCUAUUUUAGGCACCAUUAGAGAGAUUCUUGGGAUGUAAGUUUCUUUUUUUCACAGCAUGAAUGUAGAACAGUUACUUCUUUCUAAUCAGAAGAGUUUGGCGAUUGUGAUUCUUUCA